AGCUUUUAUGGUUCGGAAUUGUUAUUCAUAGUUUUAAUGUAAAUUGUGAUGAUAUAAGUGAAUAUGGUGAAGAUCAAAACAUCUAUACAACUCAUUCUGAAUCUGCUCGACCAAUUCACGUGCCAGUUUUUGAAAGAAUACCAGUCAAUGUUCCCAACCCUGUUCCCUAUGCUGUUCCACAAUACAUCAGGGUUCCAAUACCUCAACCAUAUCCACAAUAUACUAGGAUUCAGCAUCCAAUUGAAGUUCCAGUUUACAAAGUCGUACCUGAAGUGAUCGAGAAGCCAAAACUUUAUACAGUCGAAAAACCUUUUCCAAUCGAGGUUGAAAGACCUUUUCCAGUAGAAACUAUCAAAAAGUAUGAGAUUCCUGUUCCACGGCCAUAUCCCGUCCAUACAAUAUUCUACAAACACAUAUCUGAAGACGAUCCCAUUCCACAGUCAACACAAAUGAGAAUCAAACCAAAUUAUAAUUUUUCAAAACAAAAUAUGAAAAAGUUUUUUCUCGCAAAGUUAAACUCAAGACGUGAUCGACAUUGAAAUUAAGGUAAAUCCAUUUCAUCAAUUUGUGCAUGCGAAUUUAUUAGAAAGUUCAAAAAUUAAGCGAAAUAGAG